CUCUCUCUACAAACAAUUCUCUCUCUCUAGGUGGAGGAGGAGGAGGAGGAGGAGGAGGAGGGGGAUGGGUUCGGAGUGGGAGCCAUGGGCGCCGGGGCUACAGAGGAGGAGGAGCAGCCACGUAAUGGCGAAGCUCUUCGUCUCCGCGCUCCUCGUCGGCGUCUCCUUCCGCCUCUUCUUCUGCUCCUCCUCCUCCUCCGCCCCAGCCAACGCCGGUGUCUUCGUCGUCUUGCCCAAGGAUAGAGAUGGGUCCUCCUCCUCUUUCGACGACGACAACAUUGUUAGAGAUGGGAAGGUUCGGAAUGGUUCUCAAGCAUCACAGAAUACUGUGAUCCCAGAGGCUCCAAUUCCUGUAAUUACACCAGAUGUCGACAAAGAAAAAGAAGCCUCUAAAGAAGGUUCUCAAGCAUCACAGAAUACUGUGAUCCCAGAGGCUCCAAUUCCUGUAAUUACACCAGAUGUCGACAAAGAAAAAGAAGCCUCUAAAGAAGAAAAUUGUGAUAUUUUCAAUGGGGAAUGGAUACCAAAUCCUUCAGGUCCUGCUUACACCAACGAAAGUUGUCGAUUUAUUGAACCACCGCAAAAUUGUAUGAAGAAUGGGAGGCCAGACACAGGGUAUCUUUAUUGGAGAUGGAAACCUUAUAGCUGUGAUGUACCACCAUUUGAUGCGGUCAAGUUUCUAGACGCAAUGCGAAACAAAAGUUGGGCAUUGAUUGGUGAUUCAAUUCUUCGCAAUCAUGUCCAGUCGUUGAUUUGCCUUCUAUCUAAGGCAGAAGAAGCUGUUGAGGUCUACCACGACGAGACCUAUAAAUCCCGAAGGUGGCACUUUCCUUCCCACAACUUCACCCUCUCACUCAUAUGGGCUCCCUUUCUAAUCAAGGCCGACAUCUUCGAAAACGACGAUGGCGAAUCCAAGUCUGAGCUCGAGCUCCACCUUGACACUUUGGAACUGAAUUGGACUGACCAAUACCCCACCUUUGACUACAUAGUCAUCUCCGGCGGUCAAUGGUUUUUAAAAACUGCCAUAUAUUUGGAAAAUAGAACUGUAAUGGGAUGCCACUAUUGCCCUAAAAGGAACUUAACUGAACUCGGGCUCGAGUACUCAUACCGAAAAGCUCUUCGGCUUGUUUUCGACUUCAUCACCUCUUCGCCUCAUAAACCUGUGGUUAUAUACAGGACGUGGACGCCGGACCACUUUGAGAAUGGGGAGUGGUUUAGUGGGGGGACUUGUAAUAGGACUAAACCAUACAAGAAAGGCGAGUUUAAAGGAAGAGAUGUGGACCAUUUGAUGAGGGGAAUUGAGUUAGAGGAAUUCGAGAGGGCGGUAGCAGCCCAUGGGCUGGAAAAUGCGGGCCGGCUUAAGAUUCUCGACACUUACCCCCUCUCGUUGCUGAGGCCGGACGGGCAUUCGGGACCGUAUCGGACUUUCCAUCCGUUCGAUAAGGGUGAGAACUUGAAUGUGCAGAAUGACUGCCUACAUUGGUGCUUGCCUGGGCCUGUAGAUACUUGGAAUGAUUUGAUCAUGGAGAUGGUGUUUGAAUUGAUGAAGCUCUCGUGAUUUUGAAAUUCUUGUAACAGAUUGAUUUUUGUUGAAUUUGUCGACUGGCGGAGUAUUAAGGCCCAAAAGGGACUUUUUUUUUUUCUUUUUUUUCUUUUUUUCAAAUUUUCUUUUGUGGCUGGUCUGACUCCAGGAUGUGUAAGUUUUCGAUGUUUAUGAAUUCAAAAUGUAAUUAAACGGAAGCUUUUACUUUGUUAAAAGUUGGUGUACUUUGUGUUGCUGAUCA